GCCGCAUCCUUAAUCCUAUCCUUAUUGUCUGCUAUCUCCGAAGCCAUGACUGAAUCCCCCCAACUCAUCAUUCAUCACCUCCGCCUUUCUCAGUCAGAGCGUGUCAUCUGGCUCUGCGAAGAACUAGAACAUCCGUACCAGCUCAAGUCCUAUGAGCGUGAACCCGUCACCUCUCUCGCGCCCGCCUCAUACAAAUCCCUCCACCCCGCCGGCACCGCCCCCGUCAUCGAAGACGGCAACAUCACCCUAGGCGAAUCCAACGCCAUCUUCGAGUACCUCCUCACCAAAUACGACAAUGCAAGCAAAUUAACCCUCCCGCCAACCCACCCCAACUACCCGGACUACGUCUUCUGGCUCCACCACGUCAACGGCAGCAUGCAGCCCGCCCUCAACGGGAUCAUGUUCGCGCACCUCUCCAGCAGCAAAGACACAAGCAAAGAACCUGAUCUGUCCGCUCAACACAGCCAAGACCGCUUCGACCGCAGUCUUGCGGCGAUGGAGGCCCAGCUGGCCAAAUAUCCGUUCCUUGCUGGCGAGACUUUCACGGCUGCGGACUGCAUGGCCCUAUUCCCGCUGUCGACGUGUCGAUUUUUCAUGCCGGUGAGCUUGGAGAAGUAUCCGAAUAUUGUUAAGUAUUUGCAGCGAAUCGGGGAGCGCAAGGCAUAUCAAGUCGCGAUGGAGAAGGCGGAUCCGGGGGUAAAACGGCCGUUAGGGGCCACUGCUGAGGCUUCGAGGACGAUUGGGAAAGCCUGAGCUGGGGUAUCUGUGUAUUUUUGAGGCGUUCGGUUCUUCAUCUGAGGUUGAGCAAGCGCGGGGGAUCUCAGCCGUCUAGCUCUGCAUUGUACAUAUGAACCAUGCCUGGUCUUUCGAUUGAUGUGACAAUAUGAUUGCGCG